AUGAAAUAUAUUUUAGCACUUUUAGCUACAUUUACCGUUGCCAUAGCAACAACAUCAGCAGCAAAGAGCAUUCAUAAUGAACGCCGAGCUGAGACGGGAGAAGCCCUGAUGAUGUAUGGCUACAAUCCGCCUCGAGUCAAUCCAGAUUACUGUAAGGGUUUCCGUAUCGACUAUCCAACCUCGCCAGGUUUAGGGUUUGAAGCUGGUUCGCAUCAGUACCUGAAAUGGACUGUGGAUGAAGAUAUCCCAAACUCGCCUAACAUCAUCACCCGUAUUCGUGUCUUGAACUCUACUCAACAUAACCACCAUGUCAUUGGCGAGAAUAUCACACUGUAUAACAAGGAUAAUACUGGUUCUGUCUUUUUCCCUCUUGAGACUAACGACAUUACUGGAUUGUAUCAUUACCGAAUCAUGGUAAACUAUGUUGGCCAGGCUGUCCAUUGUGUCUAUGAGUCCGUACCAUUCCUGGUUGUUCAAAAUCCUUACAAGAGUUAUGUCACUGGUAGUGCCCUAUAUGUUGUUAAUGACCCUAGCUAUACAUAUCAGUUAAAGCCUGUAGAAGAGUUUUAUGAAGAUAAUUAA